AUGAAAUUCUCAACCGCGGCUAUUCUCGUCAUAUUCGCAACAACGACCCCCGCUGCCUCUGUUCAUAUUGGGAUGCUGAAUCGUUCGGUGGUACCUAACUCGUACAUUGUUGUGCUGAAAUCCAACGCAAGUAUGGACGAUCAUAUCAAGGGUAUCACUCGGAUAUCCGCCCGGAGCCCUGGGUCAGAAUUUUCAAUCGCUCACCGGCAUGCAAACCUGAACAGCUACUCCGCAAACGCAACUGGAGCAUCACUUAAUGGCAUUCUCAGUAGCCCCGAGGUUCUCUACGUUGAAGCUGAUGCCGUGCAUUCCAUUGACGAUGUCCUCCACGAAGUGAACGAAAGGGAUGAAACAACGCGUGACGUUUUGGUGGAGCCCGAAGGAUGUGCAUCAGAGGAGCCAUGCACAAACCCCAUCCUUAUUUUCGUGUUGAGUGGUGGAAUGUUCCCUCAACACAACUGCUUCGGUGGACGUGCGAGGUGGGGUCCUUCCUAUGUUGGUGCACCCCACGAGGACAAAACCGGUCAUGGCACGGCAGUCGCUGGGAUAGCAAUAGCGAGCGAGUGCGGUGGAGCGACUUGCGCCAAUGCUAUUUCGGUCAAGAUUGUCUCUGAUGACGGAAUCAUAUUGUCCAGCAACUUGGUCCGUGCCCUGGCGUAUGUUUAUGAGCAAUUCAGAUCUGGGAAACGUGUCAUUGCUUUGACGCCCUUGACUGUCGUUUGGGAUCAGGGAGUUAACGAGAUCUUCAGAAGGGCCGUCGCUGGGGGGCUGCAUGUUAUAGCUGGGGCAGGCGAUUCCUCGGAGGACGUAAAGUUGUUCAGUCCUACGGCUGUUGAGGGGGUUUUCACCAUUGGUGCUAUUGACGACCAUAACAUGUUCGCAUCGUUCUCCAACCAGGGGUCUCUCAUCAAAGCUUUUGGCCUGGGUGUCGAUGUUGAUACUCUUGGGGUCGGCAGCCCGAGUGCGGGCGCAAGGUGGAGUGGCACUGGCAUGGCAGCUGCUUUAGCUGCGCGCGUGGUAGCCAGGGCUAUAUAUCUUUAUGGUAAUGGCGAUCUGUCCAAUGAUGAGAUAUAUUAUCUCAUAGCGAGAAAUGGCGAGAAAAAAGUUUGGGGCCAGCCACCGGGAACCACAACGUUGAAAGUAGUAGAUUGGAUGUCACCCCCACCUGACAUUUCCUGA